AUGAAACGGCCACAUCUUCAUUGUUCUACUCAAUACCCAAUGGUUUUGAUACGCCCCAUUCGUUUCUUGCUCUUCCACCUAUCUCCCUGUCAAAACCGGGAUGUAGAGUCCAAAGUGGAUACGGAGAUUAAUCAAGAGCAAUUGAUCCCUAUGAUGAACUCGUUUGGUGUCGCCCCAAUGCUCGACAAAAUCCCUUUUUUUCCUCCGAACGAAUCAAACAGUGCCGAUAUCCGAUUCUCAGAUUUCAACUCUGCGGUUCAUUUUCUUCGUCUCCGAUUGCUAGGCAAAUCUUGGAAUAUGGCAGUAUUACAAUAUGUCUAUAACUCAUUGCUCAUUAUGAAGGCCAUCAACGCGCGAAAACUGGUGAUUAUGUGGAAAACUCCGGCGUUCAUGACGAGCACAUUUCGGUUGUCGAAUCUUGGCUUAACUAAUAUUCACUAUGUCGCUGAUUGUGUUACGGUCGGUGGUCAUCAAUUACCGAGUUUCAACUAUCAUUAUACCAGAGAUGUGGCUUUAUACGAUAUCAGUGGCCUUAUGAUCCCAAUUGAUGUAGUGGAGGAUCUCAUUACUUUGUGUGGCAAGACUUUAUUAAGUCUUCGUUUAGGUUUUUUUGCUGCAAUGGGUUUCUCCGCUGGAAUGAUAAGUGGCUUGGGACGUGUUCGUGGUCUCGAGGUAUUGAUCAUAGAUGGUAGCCGCAUGCGAAACACUAUUAAUGACUGCAAUUCAUUGCGAAAAUUUCUGAGCUCGUGUCCUACCUUACGGUCUCUUUCGAUUCAAUGUGCUUCUCUCGAUAGUCUGACUGUACAGAAUGAUUGUUUGCCAAACCUGUGUCACUUAUGGGUAGAAUGUGAUCGUAAGAAUGUUGACGCGAUUACUGAAUUCUGUCGCACAGGUGGAAUGCACAUCAAUUUCUUGGAAUGCCUAACGCCUGAUGGGACAGAGCAAUCAGGGCAAUUAAUUAUGGCUUUGAAAGACUCAAUCGAAAUCUUGUUUUUUAACUGCAUCUCGGAUGAUUUACCUAUUGAUAUAUGCACCUUCACGUUUCCCCGUCUCCGGGUUAUCCGAUGCUCAGGAUGGAAGUCUUUCAAAUAUAAUUUAUUUUGGCUGCAAGGUGGUUUAUUUGAUGAGAUGGAAUUAUUGAUCACCGAUUAUUCCAAUGGUAGCAAGUAUUGGCGCAAGGCUUUGAAGCGGGCGGACAUUCAUACGGUUAGGAAACCUACAAAAUUCAAAUAUAUAGUUUUUACUACUUGGCAUGGUUGUGAGGAGGAGGAUGCAGAAUUAGUGCGCCUAUGCGCUGACUUCGGAAUCAAAUGUUUAUUUAGGCAUGUGUUAACAUAUAAGCAACUAUUGGAUUAUAAAUUUUUUUUUGGCGAUAUCCUUGUAUCGGGAUGUUGUAAUCAGGAUCUGGUGCGGGUUGAUGGAACGUAUGAUUUACAAGACUUGUAUAUUGCAGACGUUAAUUCGUUUAUGAUUGCGACUUGUGUGCGUCGAUAA